AGCCAGGUGAGCCUAAAACUACAAUCAAAUCAUUUAAUAUCGGAAGCCAAGCCAUAACUCACUCUCAUUCGAAACACUGCAAGGCGCCAAAAAGCAUGAGCAAAACUUCCCAGUUCCACUCUCAAGUCUCAAUUGUCCCAUGUUUCGCUUCUUGUUAUGCACACAUAAGCGCAAGCGUAGUCUUUCGACGUUCACUGUCUCAUGUUUUACUACACAAAACACAAGCAACCCUCUUCUCUUCAAUCUCCAGAACCCGAAACCUCAUAGCACAAACUCUCCAAUCCCAUUAGAAAACUUAACUAAUCAGCACAAAACAUCGCAAUUAGUGUCGAAUGCACCAAACUCAGUGUCAUCUUUGUCGCAUUUGAGCUUCGAUUUGUGUGAAUAUUUGGUUAGUACUUACAAGGAUUCUAAUUGCCUAAAAGAUGCUAAACUCUUUCAUUUGCAAAUUUUGAAACAUGGGUUUGCUUAUGAUGUGUUUUUAUGCAAUACCCUUGUAAAUGUUUAUGUUAGAGUCCGUGAUUUGGUGUCUGCAAGUAAGUUGUUCGAUGAAAUGCCGGAUAAGAACUCAGUUUCUUGGGCUUGCCUGGUUUCUGGUUAUACACAAAAUGGGAUGUUUAACGAGGCAUGUAAGGUGUUUAAAGAUAUGGUUUCUGCGGGGGUUUUGCCAAAUCAUUAUGCUCUUGGUAGUGCUCUUCGAGCUUGUCAGGAGUCUGGACCAAGCGGGAUUAGAUUUGGGAUGCAAAUUCAUGCUUUCGUUUUGAAAUCUAAGUAUGCAUUUGAUGUUGUAUUUAACGUAUUGAUAUCAAUGUACGGGAGUUGCAUGAAGUGUGUUCAUUGUGCUCAUCGUGUUUUCGAGGAGAUAGAUAUUAAGAAUUUGAUAUCUUGGAAUUCUAUAAUAUCAGUUAAUUCACAAAGAGGAGAUGCAGUUUCUGCUUUUGAUCUUUUCUCAAGCAUGCAAAGAGAUGGUUUGGGGUAUGGCUUUAGACCUAAUGAGUAUACAUUUGGAAGCUUAAUAACUGCUGCUUAUUCUUCUGUUGAUUUUGGUUCAUGUUUGCUUGAGCAGAUGCUGACUAGGGUUAAGAAGUCAGGUCUUUUAUCAGAUUUAUAUGUGGGUAGUGCUUUGGUUAGUGGGUUUGCUAGGGUUGGGUUUUUUGAUUAUGCAAGGAAGAUUUUUGAGCAGAUGAGUCAGAGGAAUGUGGUCUCCAUGAAUGGCUUGAUGGUUGGAUUAGUAAGGCAGAAACGUGGAGAAGAAGCAACUGAGGUUUUUAAGGAGAUGAAAAACUUAGUUGAUUUAAAUAUUGAUUCCUAUGUGAUCUUAUUAAGUGCUUUUACUGAAUUUUCUCUGUUGGAGCAAGGGAGAAGAAAGGGUAAAGAGUUUCAUGGACAUGUAAUCAGAAAUGGUUUAUUUGGUAACAAGGUUGCAGUUGGAAAUGGACUUGUUAAUAUGUAUGCAAAAUGUGGUGCUAUUGAGGAUGCUAAAUCAGUAUUUGCACUCAUGGACGAAAAAGAUUGUGUCUCAUGGAAUAGCAUGAUAUCUGGUCUUGACCAAAAUGAGUGUUUUGAAGAAGCAGUCAUGUGCUUCUGUGCAAUGAGAGAAGAUGGAUUGAUACCUUCAAAUUUCACGCUGAUCAGCUCUCUGAGUUCGUGUGCAAGCUUGGGUUGGAUCAUGCUGGGACGGCAAAUCCAUGGUGAAGGGCUAAAAUUAGGACUUGAUUUGGAUGUUUCUGUUUCAAAUGCUCUUCUUUCUAUGUAUGGCGAUACUGGAUGUCUUGCUGAAUGCUUGAAACUUUUCUCAUUGAUGCCUGAAUGUGAUCGAGUUUCAUGGAAUUCUGUGAUUGGGACGUUAGCUAAUUCAGAGGGUUCAGUUUCUGAUGCUGUAAAAUAUUACUUGGGCAUGAUGCGUGCUGGAUGCACUCUUAACAGAGUAACUUUCGUAAGUAUUCUUGCAUUAGCAUCCUCUCUUUUACUUGGCAAAUUGGGCCACCAAAUACAUGCUCAAGUGAUAAAAUAUCAUUUAGCAGAUGACACUACAAUUGAGAAUGCACUUCUGGCAUGCUAUGGGAAGUGCGGAGAGAUGGAUGAAUGUGAGAAAAUAUUUUCUAGAAUGUCUGAGAGAAUGGAUGAUGUCAGUUGGAAUUCAAUGAUUUCAGGGUACAUACAUAAUGAACUCUUGCCAAAGGCCAUGGAUUUAGUCUGGUUUAUGAUGCAGAGAGGACAGAGAUUGGAUCGUUUCACCUUUGCCACUGUUCUUAGUGCUUGUGCCUCUGUUGCAACAUUAGAGCGAGGGAUGGAAGUCCAUGCUUGUUCCAUAAGAGCAUGUUUAGAAUCUGAUGUUGUGGUUGGCAGUGCAAUAAUUGACAUGUACUCCAAAUGUGGAAGAAUAGAUUAUGCUUCAAGGUUUUUUGAUAUGAUGCCUGCAAGGAAUGUAUAUUCUUGGAAUUCAAUGAUAUCGGGUUAUGCACGUCAUGGACAUGGAGACAAAGCUUUAAGCCUUUUUUCGCAAAUGAAGUUAAAUGGUCCUUUACCGGAUCACGUAACUUUUGUUGGAGUCUUAUCAGCUUGCAGUCAUGCAGGGUUGGUUAAUGAAGGAUUUAAACAUUUUAAAUCCAUGAGUCAAGUAUAUGGACUGGCUCCUCGGAUGGAACACUUUUCAUGUAUGGUGGAUCUCCUUGGCCGGGCAGGUGAACUUGAUAAGAUAGAAGACUUUGUUAACGCGAUGCCUAUCAAGCCUAAUAUUCUUAUUUGGAGGACGGUGUUAGGGGCUUGCUGCCGUGCAAGCGGUCGCAACACAGAGUUAGGUUGGAAGGCUGCAAAUAUGCUAUUUGAGAUGGAACCUCAAAAUGCCGUGAACUAUGUACUGUUAGCUAACAUGUAUGCUUCUAGGGGGAAAUGGGAAGAUGUGGCAAAGGCUAGAAUGGCAAUGAGGGAAGCUGAAGUUAAAAAAGAAGCUGGUUGCAGUUGGGUGACCAUGAAGGAUGGUGUCCAUGUUUUUGUGGCUGGUGACAAAUUACACCCUGAGAAAGACUUGAUUUAUGAAAAACUCAAAGAACUUAACCAGAAGAUGAGGGAUGCUGGAUAUGUGCCCCAGACAAAAUAUGCACUGUUUGAUCUUGACGCAGAGAGUAAGGAAGAAGUCCUGAGCUAUCACAGUGAGAAAAUUGCAGUUGCAUUUGUCCUAACUCGCUGUUCAGGAUUACCCAUUCGGAUAAUGAAAAAUCUUCGCAUUUGUGGCGAUUGCCAUUCUGCCUUUAAAUUUAUAUCAAAGAUUGUAGGUCGGCAAAUAGUACUACGAGAUUCCAACAGAUUUCAUCAUUUUAAUGAUGGUAAAUGUUCGUGCGGAGAUUACUGGUAGUCGACAGUUCAAGAUUAGUUGAGGACCUGGAUAUAAUAGAUGAAGGCUUAAUGUAGGAUUCUUCACAUGGGGGAGAAAAGAUGAAACAUUUUCAACAUUUUUUAAAACAUACAGUGUUAUUAAUAAUAAGAGAAGUCUCUCCAUCUGGCCAUGGAUUCAGUCUUCUCCAAUCUCCCGGUGCAUUAUUAUUUGAGAUUUCAUGCAAGAGUUGAAGUAGCUAAAACCUGACCUUUCUGUAGAGAAAAUUCUUUGAGGUUCAUCCAUUAUUUUAUCUGUCAUUUAUGGAAAGAUUGAUGUUAUAUGAACGUAGUUCUGGUGGAAUAUAUAUUAUUUUAUUUUUAAUUUAAAAUUAUUAUUUUAAAAUAAAUUAAAUUUAUUUUAAAAAAGUUAUCUUGCCAUGUCAUCAACUAAGAAAUGACGUGAACAUAGUGACAUGGUAGAAUUAGAACUGGAUUUUCAGACCUAGGUUGGGGCCGCAGUGCUACACCGGGCUUUGCUCAUAACGAACAUAACUGGACCUUCGUUGACUGAUUGUAAGCGGAAAAACUUCGACGGCGAUGAAUAUUGAACCCAAAGCACUGCCUGCCAAGAGAGAAAAACUAAAGUUACGUGAAAUGGGUUUCUCGUCCAGCUUCUUCACUGUACUUGAAACAGAAUAUAAUAACUUGCAGGUGGUCUUUGCUGCACUACGUUGUCAGAAACUGAGAAAGUGGAAGGGCUAUUUGAGGGAGUUUCUGCAGUAUUUUUGCUGCAUGAGGGUUUGAAACUGGGACUACAUUUUCAUUUUCCUGAAGAAAGGGCAACAAAGCCAACCACUAACAUCUGGAUUUGAUGUCAGCAGUGUCUAUGUGGAGAUAGGAAAUGUUAUAUUAAGUACGAAGGAGAUGAUCAGACAUCAGCAAGUAAAGACAGAGGCACUGUCAUCCAUGUCAUUCCCAGAAGCUGCCUUCACACCUCAUGUGGGUCAGAUAUUCAAAAGUGAUGAUGAGGCUUUUGAAUACUACAGUAAUUUCGCAAGGAAGAAUGGAUUUUCAAUCAGAAAAGCAUGCUUAACUGAAAGCCAAAAUUUAGGUAUCUACAGGAGAGAUUUUGUUUGUUAUCGUUCUGGAUAAUCAACAGUGAAAACAGGCAAAUGUGGAGCAUCCUAGGGAUCGAAAGUUAGUAUGAUGUGGAUGUGAUGCAAAGUUGUAUUUGACAACGGAAAUUGUUGAUGGUGUCACUCAGUGGUAUGUUUCACAAUAUAGUAAUGUUCAUAACCAUGAAUUAUUGGAAGAUGACCAAGUGCGUUUGCUUCCUGCAUAUCGGAAGAUACAGGAGGCAGACCAAGAAAGGAUUCUUUUACUCUCCAAAGCUGGGUUUCCUGUGAAUAGGAUAGUUAAGGUGUUGGAACUGGAAAAGGGGAUUCAACCUGGCCAGUUGCUUUUAUAGAGAAGGAUGUGAGAAACUUUGUUCGGAUUUGUAAGAAGACUGUUUAGGAAAAUGAUGCAUUGCUUGUGGAAAAAGGGGAGAAUGAUAUGCUGGAACUUCUUGAUGCCUGCAAGGCUAUGGCAGAGAGGGAUGUGGAUUUUGUUUGACUAUACAACUGAUGAAAGUGAUAAAGCUGAAAAUAUUGCUUGGUCAUAUGGAGAAUCUGUCCAUGCUUAUGCGCUGUUUGGAGAUGUGGUUACAUUCGACUCCACUUAUCGUUCUAUCACCUAUGGAUUGCUUCUAGGAGUUUGGUUUGGCAAGAAUAAUCAUGGUAAUGCAAUUUUUUGGGUGUGUAUUGCUGCAAGAUGAAAGUUCUCAGUCAUUCACAUGGGCAUUACAGGUUUGUGGACACAAAUUCUUGUGAUACAAUGACCUCAAUCUUCAUCUGCCUUUUUAUGAUGUUCUUCUUUUGAACAGACUUUUGUCCACUUUAUGAGAUGAAGACGUCCACAGACAAUUCUGACAGAUAUAGAUUCAGGGUUGUGGGAUGGUAUAGCUAGGGAAUUGCCAAAUACUAAACAUUUUAUUUAUAUAUGGCGUAUCCUGUCCAAAUUUUCUUGUUGGUUCACUCUGCCUCUUGGAUCACAGUUUGAAGAAUUUAAAGCUGAGUUUAAUAUGUUGUGUCACCUGGAGAAUGUAGAAGAUUUUGAACACCAGUGGAACCUUUUGGUUGCUCGUAUUGGACUUGCUUCAGAUAAGCACAUAGCUUUACUCUUCUCAUAUCGAGCAUUGUGGCCAUUUUCCUAUACUAGAGGUUACUUUCUGGCCCGUGCAAUGACAGCAGAGUUUUCUCAAUCUUUGGAUAUUUUCUUGAAAAAAAUCUUGAGUGGACAAACAUGUUUGCCAGUUUUCUUUGGGCAGGUUGGUGCUGCUGCUAACUUUGGUAAUUUAUCCAGAGAAGGAAUUCAGUAUAUGCAUAUCAAAACUUGCAUGCCUAUUGAAGAGCAUGCCCGAAGCAUUCUUACUCCAUGUGCCUUCCGCAUAUUACAACAUGAAAUUAUGCUUUCCAUGCAGUAUGCAACAACUGAAAUGGCUAAUGGUUCAUAUCUGGUGCAGCAUUACAAGAAAAUGGAUGGCGAGUAUCUUGUGAUUUGGAUACCUGAGGAUGAGCAAAUUCAUUGCUCAUGUAAGGAAUUUGAACAAUCGGGAAUAUUGUGUAGGCAUUCUCUUUGAGUCUUUGUAGUGAAUAACUGCUUUCAACUCCUGGAAAAAUACCUUCUCCUUCAUUGGCGACUUGAGAGCUCAUUAGUUCCUAUGGGAGAUCAGCGUGCUCUAGGUAGCAGUGAUCAGUGUGCCGAGGCCUUUCAUUCUCUUGCUUCAUCUCUGUUGACAGAAUCAUUGCUAUCCAGAGAACGUUUUAGUUAUGUCCAUAGAGAACUUACUGAGCUUCUUGAUCAUGUCAGAAGUUUGCGUUUGAGUGACGAAUAUGUUGUGAAUAUGGCAGCUAACAAUGUCAGUGAAUCAUAGGUUUGGCAAAGUUCAAAUGGAGAUUAAUAUAGCUGCUCUCAGAAACUUGUCAUUAAAAAAUCCAAGGGAUGCCUGAAAGAUGAUAUACGGAGAGGUAUCAAGGGCAGAAUUCAAGGUCAGUAACUAAUGUGAAUAAUUUUUCACUUUCGACUGUAGGCAAACAAAAUGAGGCUGUCAAAUACAGAUUCUUCAUUGUUCUGGACGGGCCAUUCUAGAUUUUCGCACAGAUUUUUUUUUUUUAACAAUUUAUUGUAUUUACAUGAAUGACAGUAGGAUUCACAUUUUAGAGAUAUUGAAUUUUUUAUUUUUUUUAACUGUA